CGCCCAACGCAGACUCGAAAAUAUCUCUGUUUCGAAUAGUUUCGUUUGCUGCGUCGUCCCCUUUGGUGCUUUGAAGAGAUGACCAUGGCAGCAACCUUCGCGAAACGCCUGAUCGGAAGCCGAUCGAGCCAGAUCCUCGGAGGGGCUGCGAACUCCACCUCAACCGCGGCCACUUCCGUCGCCAGAGCCUUCUGCUCGUCAUCCACCACUCCAAUCACCGCAACCAUGUUCCCCGGAGACGGGAUCGGUCCCGAGAUCGCCGAAUCCGUCAAACAGGUGUUCACAACGGCUGGAGUGCCGAUAAACUGGGAAGAACACUACGUGAGCACAGAGAUCGAUCCGAGGACGCAGAGUUUCUUGACCUGGGAGAGUCUCGAAUCCGUGCGUAGAAACAAAGUCGGUUUGAAAGGUCCGAUGGCUACUCCUAUCGGGAAAGGUCACCGUUCUCUGAACCUGACUCUCAGGAAAGAGCUGAAUCUGUACGCCAACGUUAGGCCUUGCUACAGUCUCCCUGGUUACAAGACUCGUUACGACGACGUGAAUCUCAUCACCAUUAGGGAGAACACUGAAGGAGAGUACAGUGGGCUCGAGCAUCAGGUUGUUAGAGGUGUGGUGGAGAGUCUUAAGAUCAUUACGCGUCAGGCGAGUUUGAGAGUUGCGGAGUAUGCUUUUCACUAUGCUAAGACUCAUGGAAGAGAGAGGGUUUCUGCUAUUCACAAAGCUAAUAUUAUGCAGAAAACUGAUGGUCUUUUCCUCAAGUGUUGUCGUGAGGUUGCUGAGAAGUAUCCUGAGAUAACUUACGAAGAGGUUGUUAUUGACAACUGUUGUAUGAUGCUUGUGAAAAACCCAGCACUGUUUGAUGUAUUGGUGAUGCCAAACCUCUACGGUGACAUUAUCAGUGACCUGUGUGCCGGACUGGUGGGAGGACUAGGAUUGACUCCAAGUUGUAAUAUCGGGGAAGAUGGUGUAGCCCUAGCUGAAGCAGUUCACGGUUCUGCACCUGAUAUCGCUGGAAAGAACUUGGCGAACCCAACAGCGUUGCUACUGAGUGGAGUGAUGAUGUUACGUCACCUGAAGCUGAACGAACAAGCAGAACAAAUCCACAGCGCAAUCAUCAACACGAUAGCGGAGGGCAAAUACAGAACGGCAGAUCUUGGAGGUACUUCAACCACCACGGAAUUCACAAAGGCAAUCUGUGAUCAUCUCUGAACACAUAUCGUAAAGAAAUCUCAAUUCUUUAUCGAAUCUUCCUUUGAGGCUUAAGCCUUCUUUAGCCUCUGAGAUUCUUCUUUGAUUCCCUCGUUUUUCGAUCAGAAUAAAAAAACAGGCAUUGGCUUUUGAAGUAAACCUCUGUUUCUGCCUCCAACACGAUUUUAAAUUUUCUCUCUGCCGCAAGUAAAGAUUCAUAGCACAGGAACAGCUGUGUGUUUUCUGUAAUCAAUCAGAAGAGUUUUGUUUUUCUUGCUUUAAUAUAUUACCAACUUGUCUA